GCGCGGGCGCCUCGGGGAGCAGCCGCUCGCGCCCUGCGCCCUGCGCCGCCGCGCCGCCGGCUCGCUUCCUCCGGGUUCCCAGCCCGGGUGCUGAGGCUCCGGUCUAUAAAUAGCAGGUUACAGCUCUCGCUAGGCGCGCACACGCUCACCCGCGAACGCCGGAAAGUCAGGCUAAAAGUGUCUGCUGCUGCUGCUGCCGCCCCCCACUCCGCCUCCAGGAGAGAACCUAAAGAAAUGGUGUUACCUGGCAAGAGAUCUGCUAUCCUUUAUGAAAAAUCCAGCCAAGAGGCCCAAGAUGAAGGCAUUUCUACCAUCUACAGCAAUGCCAGUGCAGCAGCUGUGGAAAAGGAUUGUUGCAAAUUGUGCACCUGCUGUUAGAGCUUCUAAACCAACGAGACACCCAUAACUUCUGACAUUUCAUUGACCAAAAGAUCUGAGGUCAGCAAAGCAGUAAUCAAAGAGCAGAGCUAUUUGAGGAAUACAACAAGGAAGCAGAAUUUCAGAGUGGGAUAUCCAGACUUUAGUGUAAAGAUACGUCUGUACAAAACGAGGAAACAGUGGCAGUGACAUUUGGGCACAAAAAUUUGGAAGAGUUAAAGAACUGUGAAGAUCGAUCAUGGAAAUCAAAGAGGAAGGAACAUCAGAAGAAGGCCAGCACUUUCUUCCCGCACCCCAGGCAAAUGAUACUGGGGACUUUCAGUUCACAAGUAUUCAGAAGACUCCAGAUGAACCACAGUUGGAAUUCAUCCUUGCUUGCAAGGAUCUUGUGGCUCCCGUCCGUGAUCGGAAGCUGAAUACCCUGGUGCAGAUCGCAGUUGUUCACCCCGCCGAGCAGAGUCUGACAAGAUACUCCUGCACGGAAAUUGUGGAGGGAACAAGAGACCCACUGUUCUUGACUGGUGUCACAUUCCCAUCUGAGUAUCCCAUCUAUGAGGAGACCAAAAUAAAACUAACAGUCUAUGAUGUCAAGGAUAAGUCUCAUGACACCGUUCGAACCAGUGUCCUACCUGAACAUAAGGAUCCCCUGCCAGAGGUUGGGCGAAGCUUCCUGGGCUAUGCCAGUUUUAAAGUGGGGGAGCUGCUGAAGUCCAAGGAGCAGGUGCUGGCCCUGAGCCUGAGAACCUCAGAUGGUGGCAAAGUUGUUGGCACUAUAGAAGUCUCUGUCGUGAAGAUGGGGGAGAUUGAGGAUGGGGAAGCUGACCACAUCACGACAGAUGUGCAGGGACAAAAGUGUGCACUGGUAUGUGAAUGUACAGCUCCUGAAAGUGUGAGCAGAAAAGAUAACUUACCUUUUUUGAAUGCAGUGUUAAAGAACCCAGUAUAUAAAUUAUAUAGAUUUCCCACAUCUGACAAUAAAUGGAUGCGAAUCCGGGAGCAGAUGUCAGAGAGCAUACUUUCUUUUCAUAUUCCUAAGGAAUUGAUCUCUCUUCAAAUAAAAGAAGAUUUGUGUAGAAACCAGGAGCUAAAAGAACUGGGUGAGCUUUCUCCACACUGGGACAAUCUACGAAAAAAUGUCCUUACUCACUGUGAUCAAAUGGUGAAUAUGUACCAAGACAUUCUGACUGAACUUAGCAAGGAAACAGGGUCCUCUUUCAAAUCAAGCAGCAGCAAAGGAGAGAAAUCACUAGAAUUUGUUCCAGUAAAUCUACAUCUGCAAAGAAUGCAUGUACACAGCCCUCACUUGAAAGAUGCUCUCUACGAUGUCAUCACUGUGGGAGCCCCAGCUGCCCAUUUUCAGGGAUUUAAGAAUGGUGGUCUUCGGAAACUACUCCAUAGAUUUGAAACCGAAAGAAGAAAUACUGAAUACCAGUUUAUUUACUAUUCACCUGAAAACACAGCCAAAGCAAAAGAAGUUCUCAGCAACAUCAAUCAACUACAACCUCUGAUAGCAACCCAUGCAGACCUACUGCUUAAUUCUGCAAGCCAGCGUUCUCCAGACAGCUUGAAGAAUUCUUUAAAGAUGCUUUCAGAAAAAACAGAGCUUUUUGUCCAUGCCUUCAAGGAUCAGCUGGUCAGGAGCGCUCUUUUAGCCCUCUACACUGCCAGGCCGGGAGGUGUCCUUAAGAAGCCACCCUCUCCUAAGAACAGCACAGAGGAGAGCAGUUCCCAGGACCCACCUCCACCCAUGAGGAGGCAGGACUCCAUCCCACAUCACUCAGACUAUGAUGAGGAAGAGUGGGAUAGGGUGUGGGCCAAUGUGGGGAAGAGCCUGAACUGCAUCAUUGCUAUGGUGGAUAAACUGAUUGAAAGAGAUGGCUUCAGUGAAGGAAGCAGCAGCAGCAAAGAUGGAGAAAAGGACCCCUCCUUAGUGGAUUCCACCAUAACUCAUCCAAAGGAGGACUGGUAUGAGCAGUUGUAUCCCCUGAUCCUCACCCUGAAGGACUGCAUGGGAGAAGUGGUGCAUCGAGCCAAGCAGUCCCUGACGUUCGUGCUCCUUCAGGAACUUGCCUACAGCCUGCCCCAGUGCUUGAUGCUGACGCUGAGAAGAGACGUCGUCUUCAGCCAAGCACUUGCUGGAUUGGUUUGUGGUUUUGUCAUCAAAUUGCACACAAGUCUGUAUGACCCUGGCUUCCUAGAGCAGCUUCACACUGUGGGACUGAUAGCACAGUAUGAAGGUCUGCUAAGUACAUACAGUGAUGAAAUCGGAAUGCUAGAGGACAUGGCUGUUGGCAUUUCAGAUUUGAAGAAAGUCGCCUUUAAAAUAAUUGAAGCCAAAUCCAAUGAUGUCUUGCCAGUUAUAACAGGAAGACGUGAACAUUAUGUGGUAGAAGUGAAGCUUCCAGCAAGACUGUUUGAGUCACUCCCUCUGCAGAUCAAAGAAGGACAAUUGCUUCGUGUGUAUCCAGUACUUUUUAAUGUUGGAAUCAAUGAACAGCAAACUCUUGCUGAGAGGUUUGGAGAUGUCUCUUUGCAAGAAAGUAUUAAUCAGGAAAAUUUUGAACUUCUAAAAGAAUAUUGCACAGUAUUUAUGGAAAAGAUGCCUCCUGAUUACAUUUCACAUUUCCAAGAACAAAAUGAUUUAAAAGGAUUACUAGAAAAUCUCCAUCAAAACAUCCAAGCCAAAAAGAGAAAGAAUGUAGAAAUCAUGUGGCUGGCUGCAACGAUUUGUCGCAAACUAAAUGGCAUUCGUUUCACCUGUUGUAAAAGUGCCAAAGACAGGACAUCGAUGUCAGUGACACUCGAACAGUGCUCAAUCUUGAGGGAUGAGCACCAGUUACACAAGGACUUCUUUAUCCGAGCACUGGAUUGUAUGAGAAGAGAAGGAUGCCGCAUAGAAAAUGUACUGAAGAAUAUCAAAUGCAGAAAGUAUGCUUUCAACAUGCUACAGCUGAUGGCUUUCCCCAAGUACUACAGACCUCCAGAGGGGACUUAUGGAAAAGCUGACACCUAAGUUUACCAACAUGUAAAUAAGCAGGAACACAAAUAUGCUUCCGUUGGAUAAUGUCUACCUUUUGUAUGUUUUUCCUUGUCGUGAGAUUGUGGACAGAGGUGCACAGGGAUGUUUGCCCCAAUCUAGGAAUGACUUGAAUUAGUUAGCAUAUUACUCUGAAAGAAAUCCAUUAAACAAAUCUUAAAUCAUAUUGUGUUUCUAGUUCUAAGCUUCUGUGUAUUGAUUCUCUGGUUGAGAUCAGUUCAGAAAGUGUAUGUUUCAUUUUUGAAGAAUUUUGAUGAGCAAUAUUCUGAGAAAGCCUAGGUUGCCACAAGGGGCAUGAAGGUGACUGAGAGAGGCGCUGUCUGCUCCAGAAAUGGUAGGAGAGGGGAAAGGGAGAGAGACUUUGAGAUGUCAUUUCAUAGUCUUUCUCACACAUAACCUGAGAGCCCAUUCAUGGGCUUUAAAAAAAAAAUUUUUUUUUUUUCUAGUGACUUGAAAUGAGGGAGAGUUAACUGGUAAUCUUGACUACAGAAGCAGUUUGUGUGUGCUUGUAAAGCCUUUUGUUAUCCAAAGGAGGUGUGAUUGGUCCUUGUAAACAUGUAGAUAGAUGUUAGUCAAGUGAUAAAAAUACUUUUCGAAAACCUAGUAUCUUUCCUAAAUUGUGAUUUGGAUUAGAUGGCCCCAUCAGCCUGAAUUUUGAGUAGUCAGGUUCAAGAACGACCAUAAAUGAAGAGUUCCCAUUGUGGCUCAGCAGGUUAAGAAGCCAGUGCUGUCUCCAUGAGGAUGCAGGUUCAAUCCCUGGCCUACCUCAGUGGGUUAAGGAUCCCACAUUGCCACAAGCUGUGGCAUAGGCCUCAGUUGCAGCUCCUAUUUGACCCCUAGCCUGGGAACUUUCAUAUGCUGUAAAAGAAAAAAAAAAAAAAACAAAACAAUGGCCAUAAAAUCUCUUAGAAGUGUUUCCUAGUAGUCAUCUUGGUACAGAAUAUAAAUGGUCUAAGAAUGCUUUGUCUGACAUAGAUAAGUAUAUGUGAAUAAACCUUUUAAAACCUAUGCAACCAUAAUCAAUGAUAAACCAAAACAAUUUCCCUUAAACUGACUUUCAGAUGUGUUCUAAGUCAGUCAAAUAAACCAUAAGUUUUCCAAAAAUCCAAAUUAGAAAUUGCCUUAGAGAUCAUUGUGUAUAAUACCAUUAUAAAUGGCUAAAUUAAAGCACAAGGAAGAUAUGCCCCCAAUCACCCAGCUAGAUAAUUUCAGAACUAUAGAUACAGUCUUUUCUUACCCUCUUAGCCUGUGGCUUAUCUCUUCUCUAAAUUGCCACACUGAAUAUUCACAUGAAAAUUUGGAAAGAAUGCUAGUUAGUUAAAUAGAAAUUGGCAUUUUAUUGCUAGAAUGGAAGCUUGGAGUACAACAGUCUGAACAAAUGAAAUUUAUCUUCUCUAAAUAUUAGGAAUGUGUUCUUUUUUCUUUCUCGUCAGAGGAGCAUACUCUCCAAAGCAUAAAUCUCCCUUGGAAAUGCUAGAGGCCUGUUGCACAGACACCUCUUAGCUGUGACCGUAUUCAAUGGAUGAUCUUAGGGGCUUUCCAUAGCUGAUUUGAUAGCUCCUCAACCAAGAUGCCUGUGGAAAUAAACAGCUCUCUCGCUCAUAUUGGGUUUUUCAAAUUACUUCAAUUUUAGAUAAUCCUUUGGGGCCAAAAUUAUCAACCUAUUAUUUUCGUGAAGGACUUAUAAGCAUUAUACUUGAGGCAAUUGUCCAACUAUUUACAACCUUUUUAGUGAAAAGAUUCUGUAGAGUUCCCUCAUGGCUCAGCAACUUAAGGAUUUGGUGUUGUUGUCACUGCUAUGGCUCUGGUUACCACUGUGGCAAGGGUUCGAGCCUUACCAGAAAAACUUCCAUGCUGCGGGCAUGGCCACGAAAAAAAAAAAAAUGCUAUGUACCUGUCCAUCUAUUCAUGGACAGGUUUUAUAGUGUUCUCCUUUAUAUUUCAUUCUCCAUUUCACUGAUUAAAUAUAACAGUCUUUGAAUUGUUCUAUUUCAUUUGAAAAUGGUAGGAUUUGUGGUUAUUUUCAUUAUCCCAUUGGAUUUAGGGUAAAGAGAUUGGGAUGACAGAGGUUUCCUUGAAUAACUAGGAAGCUUCAUUCGGUAUAACAAAUGCUAGUCUGAGUUCCAAGAUACCGUCAGUAUUUAUCAUCUUGGAAAUAUUUUUUAUAAACAAUCUUUUUUUGUUUGUUUGUAUUUGUAAAAAUGAAACGUCUUGACUCAAAUACAGAAAACAUGUAUAUUAACUAGAAAGCCAACAGCAGGCUUUUCUAUUUGGGAAGAUAUUUCAAAGUGUUUUUUUUAAGUACUAGACCUUCUCAAAGAACAGAAUUUUCUGUAAUACAAACGCAUGUAAGUUCUCAUUUAUUGUUAGCAUGGUCAUAUGUAUUUCCCUAUUGGAAGCCUAUAUUUGUGCAUAUUUUUAAAAGUAGAUUUCAUCAAGAAAAUUUUUGUUUAAUACUGACAUCAGUGUUUCUCCUUUCUGAGAGAUUCCAGGUAUCUUUGGAAAACUAUUAAUGCUUGAAUUAUUAAGACUUUCUAAAUCAAAGAGAAAAUGUUAAGAGGUUUUAAAAUAUCUUUUGUACCAACACAGCCUCAGUCAUGCUUUACCAUCUCCAUUUUCAUUUAAAAGAUGCGCCACCCAUUCUACUUUAAAAGAUUCUGUUGAGCCAGGAACUGAAUCAAGAAAACAACAUUUUUAAACAAGAGAAUAUAUACAUAUUUUGCCCUUUUUUAGGGCUGCACCCACAGCAUAUGGAGGUUCCCAGGUUAGGGGUCAAAUCGGAGCUGUAGCCAUUGGCCUAUGCCACAGCCUCAGCAAUGUGGGAUCCAAGCCAUGGCUGCGACCUACACCACAGCUGAUGGCAACACCAAAUCCUUAACCCACUGAGCAAGGUCAGAGAUCAAACCUACGUCCUCAUAGAUGCUAGUCAGAUUCGCUUCCACUGAGCCACAAUGGGAACUCCAAGAGAAUUUAUUUUGCUGAUAAAACUAUUUACCCUCUGAUAUCAUCAAAUGUAGAUAGCAAUUCUGCAUUAGCUGCUUACACAGUUCUAUGUAAAACAUUUAAAAACAAGGGAAGGUAUAACCCUGAUUAUGUUUGACCCAGUGACCAAAGAUCUAGAGCCGGAAAAUGUUCUGCAAAACAGCUGAAUGUAAAAGUUUGAAAUAUUUUAUCAAGGCAGGCCCACACUCAGGUGCACCCACUUAUUUAUUUCUUAUGUGGUUGCUUCUUUCUUGUAAAUGUUGCUUUGAGUUUUGUCUAGACUCUACCAAAAGAGUCCUUUGAUGUAAAUAGUUUCGUCAGGUAAAUCAGUGAGUCAGAGCAACCAUCUGAUCCUGUUAAAAAAUUGUGCUGAAAUGGCCAACUGCCCAGCUAGAGCAGGACACAUGUAAUUAACCUCCAGUCCUUUCUGUCUGAAGAAAUGUGAAGUCCUAAAUGCUAGGAUCUGGAUGGAGGAUACUUUCCUUUUUUCCUUCAACUAAGUAUGGGAUUUUGCAUAGAAUAAGACAGUGGAAAAGUAAGAGAUAUGUAUAGAGUAAUGCUUUUCUUCUACAGCAAAGCAAGCCCUUCCCUAUGUAAAGUUUAAUACAUACCAAGAAAAGAGCCUAAUGCUCCGACUCGUGAGAGUUGAUCAUUAAAGUCUGUAAGCCAGUUGUUAAACACAACCAUCAUUAAAUAUUAAAUUAUAGAAUACAAUUGAAUCAAUUUCAUUAAAAGCAAAGGUAAUAAUCAAACUUACCAAUUCCUAAUUAUUUUAGUAAUAAUUUAGAAUAACCUCUGACCUUGAGGUUGUAUCAAUUGUAUCUAUACAGUAGAAAUACCAUGUUCAGUAACAUCAUAGGUAGCUUGAAAUCGACCACAGUGAGAGUUAUACCACAGAAACUGCCAAAUGCUACCAACCCAGACUUUUAAUUCCUGGAAAGCCUGUUGUUAAACAUUUACCAGCACACAAGUGAAUGCCACCAUCACUUUUUCUCCAGAAAAUAAUCAAUAAUUGGAAGCAGUAUUAAAUUAUUAAAAUGGUACUAAAUGUAUCACUCCUCUUUAGAUGGCUACAAUUUUGUUUUGAUUUUUACCCUCCUCAAAAACUCCUAUUAGGCUAUGUCAUAUUUUAUGUUGAUAUUUUAUUCAUAGUUAAAUCAGUUAAUCACAAUGAUGCCUUUAAAAACGUACCUCUAUGUAAUGUUCUGCAAGGGAAAUGUCAGCAAUGCAGCUUUAGUGUAAGCAAUAACAACUUCAGGCUAAAUUCAGGAAAAUGUUAGCCUAAUUAGAGUAUCACUAAAAUUGUGCUUCAGUAUCAAUUUUUCAGUUUAUAAUUUUAGCAUUUGCUAAAAGCAAGAAAAACACUAACAUAUUACCGUGCCCAGAUUCUAAUAAAUAUAGCUCAAUUGAAAGCCAAACUGUGAGAUCAAACAAAUUAAACACUGGCAGCAUCCUAAAUUACACAGCUGUUUUAGGUGUUUGAUUUUGAAACAGGAUGGUAUAUCAGUUGUUUAGUUCAAUAUACAGGGGGCGAUUUAUAAUCUUUUGGGAAAUAAAUUAACUUUUAUCACAAGUUUAAGAAACUGGUCUGAGAAAAACUGUCAUCAGCAGUUGCAGAGGGAAGCAAAUAUAUUGAACACAAGGCAUCCCUAAUAGCUGGAGGCUUUACAAAUUAUGCGCUACUGAAGAGAAUGAUUUGCUGAGAGUUGCGAAGUGGAUUGACAAUUUUAGGUGAAUUCACAGAAUUCACAUUCAUUUAGCCCAGCUGCUGUCUGCAAAGAGCUAAGCAUUUUCCUCUCCCACCCCUCAUAUUGAUGUUUCAUUGCUUUAUAAAGGAAGUACCAAUAUAUUAUAUCUUCUGUUUCUUUGGAAGAUUUAAGUUAGGACUUUCUAUCCAAACAGAUGCUACCCCCUAGGAAAAACUGUCUUUAAGAACAGAAAAAUACAGUUAAUGUUUUAGAUAAAAUAUGGCAGGCCAAUUAAGUAUAAAGUUAAGGUAUGGAAAUUUAGAGUUUUGCUUUCUGAGUCAUAGUGCAUUAAUCACUCUUCUAAUUUUAUUUAUAAGUGAGUAAGAGGAAGUCUAAAGAAUAUCUGAUGUCAAAGAAAUGAAUCCUAUCUGCUAUUAGUAAUAAGCAGGUAGGAAAAAAAUUUUAGGGUAAUGUUAACCUAAAAAAAAAAAAAAGGUACUUGCAGUCAGUGCUCUCAAGCUUGAAUUUUUCUAGAUUACAUGAAUAUUUAGAAUUUUAAAUUUAAAAAAGAAAACAAGACUCCCAGUUAAGUGUAGUGUCCGGAGAGACUGAACAAUUAAAGGAGAGUAGACCUAAUACAAGUGCAUUGCCCAUACACCAUAGUUUCCUUAUCUUUUAGCCGUUCUUUAGGAUGUUGCACUUUCACACUCAUGGUAUGAGUACAUUCACAGUCUUCCUAAAAUCAUCCGUAUUACUUUAAGGUCAUAAAAGGGCACAACUCAGCAGUACAUCUUUAGUGAUGACUUGGUGCAGUUUUAUUGACUAGCAGGCAAUAUUGACUCAAAUAUUGGAGUUCCUGUGAUGCUUGUAUAUCACCACCAACAUUAACAAACCAUUUCAUGUCAAAAAGCUUUCAAACUUUUAAAAGGCAGACUCUACAUAUCUAUAACUGUGCACACACUCCCAUUUUCCGGCACAUGUGCAAUCCUUUGUACACAUAUACUUCUCAUGUGAAUAUUUUAUUAUUUUAUUUGACCUUAUAUCUGAUUUUCAGAUUCUUGUGGUACUUAUCUAAAACAUUGGCAUUUGUUUUGUUUUAAUGUUAAAUGUAUAUUAUAGAGGCACCAAUAAUGUUUAGUCUUAGGAAAUGAGGCACGAUUAGGUUAGAUCAUUUUAUAUUGGCAUUUGAAGAAAUAUCAUUUUGUUUUAUUCUGUGUAAACCAUAUUCAUUGUACACUGUGUGUAUAUUUUUGUUUAAAUAAAUGUGAUUUUUAUUUUUUA